UAUAGCAAAGCGAUGGAUUUGGAGGAGCAAAGCGUCGUCGUGCGAGGGCAUGAGGAACUGGAAAGGCUGCUGCACAAGAUAAAUACCAUGUCGAGCAGUGGAGAAGGAUGGCGUGACGAGGAGAAGGGGAGCAAGGAGAAGAAUAAUGGAGUAAAAAAGCUCCAAGGUGGUGGUGCUGCUGGUGGUGGUCACGCUCGCAAUCGUAACGACGACAUUGUCAGCAAAAUUCUGUGCUCUCAGAUGCUGCUUGUGGUGAUGCUGCUGCCCGAUGCUCGAUGCUCGCUGCUGUGCGUGUUUCUUUUCGAGGAUUGCCGGCGGUCAAGCAGCAGUUGGGAAAAUUGGAAAACACCUCCGCGGCAGGAAUCAAUGGAGGCUUGCGUCUCGGGAAUCCAAAAUCAUUUGCGAGAGGAACAGGUGGGAGAACAGGACAGCGGCCUCUCAUACAGAGGAGAAGAACAGGGAAGUUUUUGGAGCAAGAGUAAAAAAACAGGGAAGAAAGAAGGAAGAAGCGCCGAUCUUCCUUGACAAAGGGAGAGAAGGAAGAACAAGGAAGGAAGAAAAUUUGGGAACGCAAGGAAGAAAGCGUAACGGAUCACGGUAAAGGUCCGACGGUCAAGACGCGGCCAAGUCGGCGGGCGGACGUUGUAGUUGGAAACCAACGAUCCAGAUUGGAAGCCGGUUGGUAAGAGGCGUUAAGCGGACGAGAAAGAAUCAAGGGACACCCCCUCCACUACACACUAUUGGGAUAAGAAGAUUAGUCCAAGGAAGAACGCAUCAAUCCACCAAAACUUUAUAAACAAGAAAAAAAUAAGCUCGGUUGAGUGGGAAGAGGCAUCAAAUCUUCGCAUAAAUCGAGAGUGUGGGAGGAGAUAUGAUAGGAAGAAGCUCAAGGUAAGCUUUUUAUUGUCUCUCUCUUCUUUGCUCUUGUUCUUCAAUCAGCUGAGUUCUGCAGGGCUCCAUCACUC